CGUCCGGGUAUAAAGUCUAAGCUUUCGCGUGCAGGAAUCGCGGAAGCGCAGAAGCGCCGUCAUUGUCACCAAGUUCCCACGCAUCUAAGCGACGCCUUUGAGAAAUCCCUGCCCCAAAGGUGUCGGUAUGUCACGCUUUCCGUUAAGCCUAAUCGCGGCUUUUCUUCUGACUACCGCGGAUAGGUCGUGGUCCUUGCCGGCAUCCGACCCGGCGACGAGUGCUAACUACACUGGGUACCGACUGGUGUCAGUGACUGCCCCUAACGAGAAGAGCCGGAGCAUUUUAUCGUCCCUGGCAGAUUCGUUCAAGCUCGACGUCUGGCGAGACGCCACCGCUUUCGGCAAGCCGGCUCUCGUACUGCUGAGACCUCAAGUGGCGACCGAGUUCAUUGAGACCGCUUCGAAGGAGGGUCUCGCCGUGUCUACCAACUCGCACAACCUGCAACAACUUUUAGACGAUGAACGCAAGGAAGUCCGUUUUGCGACAUAUUCCGAGACCUCAGAUCGCUUCGAGAGGUACCUGACGUACGACGAGUUCAAAGACGCCCUGCAGCAAUACGCCAAGGACUACGACCACGUGACCUACACGUCCAUCGGUCGGUCGUACGAAGGCAGGGACAUCAUCGGUGUUCACAUCAAGGCCAAGGAGAACCUACCCAUCGUGUUCCUCGAGUGCGGAAUCCAUGCCAGAGAAUGGAUUGCCCACUCCACCUGCCUCUACAUAAUCGAUCAGCUGGCGACGCAGUACGGGGAGGACGAAGACAUUCAUCGGCUGGUGUCCGCCUACGAGUGGCGUAUCUACCCAAUAGUCAACCCCGAUGGCUACGAGUACUCGCACACUACGGUAAGUUACAACAGCAGCGCGUGA